AUGGCUCCUUUCGAAGCUUUGUACGGGAGAAAAUGCCAAACACCGCUUUGUUGGUAUCAAGACGGAGAGAGCUCUAUAUUCGGACCAGAAAUAGUCCAACAAACAACCGAGAAAGUUAAACAAAUCCGUGAAAAAAUGAAGGUUGCACAGAGCAGACAAAAGAGCUACUUUGAUCGAAAAAGAAGACCUCUCGAAUUUCAAGAAGGUGAACAUGUAUUUGUGAAAGUCACAUCAACGACUGGGGUAGGUAGAGCUAUUAAGGCUAGAAAACUCACUCCAAAAUUCAUUGGACCAUAUCAAAUUCUUCGUCGUAUUGGUCCAGUAGCUUAUCAAAUCGCUCUACCACCUUUUCUUUCGAAUAUCCACAAUGUUUUACAUGUUUCGCAAUUAAGAAAAUAUGUACCCGACCCAUCUCACAUAAUUGAGCCUGAUGAAGUCCCAUUGAGAGAAAACUUGUCAUAUGAAACAUCUCCCGUAAGGAUCGAAGAUAGGAGAAUCAAACAACUACGAGGGAAACAAAUUUCCUUAGUAAGGGUUGUUUGGGAUCAAACAACUGGGGAUUCAACAUGGGAGUUGGAGGACAAUAUGAGAUCACAAUAUCCAGAAUUAUUUCGAGACCGAUAA